ACCGACGCCCGCCAUUUGUGUUUGCUGUCAAACGCGAUGUAAUGUCGUCGAGUUGUGAAUAAAAUCGCGUCGAUCAUUGAGGCGUAGUAACGUAGAUAUUUUGUUUAGUUAAGUUCUUUUAUUAUUUCCAAAAUGUCGAAUAUAUCGCUUGAUAAAGAAACUUUUUAUCGCCGUAUGAAGAAGUUGUAUGCAGCAUGGAAGGCUGCUGCAACGGACUCAAAGGGUGAUGACGCUCUGGCAAAAGUUGAUUGCCUAGUUUCUUGCGUCGGAGUGGACGAGGAUACGCUUUACAGCAAGUCAACGGCGCUACAGACAUGGCUGUUUGGUUAUGAGUUGCCAGAUACAAUAACAGUACUUACAGAAAACAGCAUGUGUUUUCUGGCAAGCAAAAAGAAAAUUGAAUUUCUGAGACAAAUUGAAAAUGGAAAAGAAGAAUCUGAAUUGCCGCCAGUGAAAUUACUUAUUAGAGAUAGGAAUGAUAAAGAUAAAGAAAACUUUAACAAAUUAGUACAAGAGAUUAAAAAAUCUAAAUCUGGCAAGACACUUGGGGUUUUUGUGAAAGAUAACUAUCCAGGUGAAUUCUGUGAAAGUUGGAAGGCUGUAAUGAAAACAGAAAAAUUUGAAAAUGUAGAUAUUAGUUCAGCUAUUGCUCACUUAAUGGCACCAAAAGAGGAUUCGGAAAUAAUUACUGUUAAAAAAGCAUGUUUAGUAACAGUUGAUGUGUUUACAAAAUACUUAAAAGAUCAAAUUAUGGAGAUUAUUGAUUCUGAUAAGAAAGUAAAACAUUCAAAAUUGGCUGAAGGUGUUGAAGCAGCAAUAUCAGACAAAAAAUAUGUCACAGGGGUAGACACAAGUCAAGUGGAUAUGUGCUACCCUCCCAUAAUACAGUCUGGUGGCAACUACAGUCUCAAGUUCAGUGCCGUGUCAGACAAGAACCACUUACAUUUUGGGGCUAUUGUCUGUUCGUUGGGUGCUCGGUAUAAAUCAUACUGCUCAAAUAUCGUUCGUACAUUGCUGGUCAAUCCUACAGACGAAAUUCAGAGCAAUUAUAACUUUUUACUCAACAUUGAAGAGGAGGUCAUGAAAAAGCUUGUAGCUGGCGCAAAACUUUCAGCCGUUUAUGAAGCCGGUUUGGAGUUAGCGAAAAAAGAGAAACCAGAUUUAGUUGAGAAUCUGACUAAGUCAUUUGGGUUUGCAAUGGGCAUAGAGUUUCGUGAAAGCUCAAUAGUUAUAGGCCCCAAAACGUCAACUGUAGCUAAAAAGGGAAUGGUGUUUAACAUCAAUAUCGGCUUAGCGAACUUGACGAAUAGCGCCGCCACUGAAAAGGAAGGCAAGACAUACGCCCUCUUUAUUGGUGAUACAGUAUUAGUAAACGAAGAACAACCAGCGUCCCUCCUAACGCAGUCUAAGAAAAAAAUCAAAAACGUCGGAAUCUUCUUAAAGGAUGACGACGAAGAAGAGGAGGAAGAAAAGGAGAAUAAGACUGAAAUACUCGAGAAUGGAGGUAGAGGUAAACGGACAGCGGUUAUCGAAUCAAAACUUCGUACGGAGCAUUCAUCAGAAGAGAAACGUAAGGAACAUCAGAGGGAACUGGCUAUUACUCUAAACGAGAAAGCGAAAGAACGGUUAGCGAAACAGUCGAGCGGGAAGGAAGGGGAAAAGUUACGGAAAAGUACCGUCUCAUACAAGAGUACCAGCCAGAUGCCGAGGGAAAACGAAGUGAAGGAACUCAAGUUGUAUGUUGACCGCAAAUAUGAAACAGUAAUUUUGCCAAUAUUUGGCGUGCCAGUACCAUUCCAUAUAUCAACUAUAAAAAAUAUCUCGCAAUCCGUGGAGGGCGACUACACAUACCUUAGGAUAAACUUCUUCCAUCCUGGCGCUACCAUGGGCAGGAACGAAGGCGGGAACUACUCACAACCUGAUGCCACGUUUGUAAAAGAAGUAACUUACCGAAGUACAAACACUAAAGAGCCAGGCGAGAUAUCACCGCCGUCAUCAAACUUAAAUACAGGCUUUAGACUUAUUAAAGAAGUACAGAAAAAGUUCAAAACAAGAGAAGCAGAAGAGAGAGAGAAGGAGGAUCUUGUUAAACAGGACACAUUAGUGCUGUCACAAAGCAAAGGCAAUCCGAAACUUAAAGACUUGUACAUAAGACCUAAUAUUGUUACUAAGAGAAUGAGUGGCUCACUAGAAGCACAUACAAACGGGUUCAGAUUUACCUCGGUCAGAGGAGAUAAAGUGGACAUUUUGUACAAUAAUAUUAAGAACGCGUUCUUCCAGCCUUGUGAUGGAGAAAUGAUUAUACUCUUACAUUUCCAUUUGAAGCAUGCUAUUAUGUUUGGUAAAAAGAAGCACGUGGAUGUCCAGUUCUACACGGAGGUGGGUGAGAUCACGACGGACCUGGGCAAGCACCAACACAUGCACGACCGCGACGACCUCGCGGCCGAGCAGAGCGAGCGGGAACUCAGGCACAAGCUCAAGGUGGCCUUCAAGAGCUUCUGCGAGAGGGUCGAGAACAUGACCAAGCAGGAGGUCGAGUUUGAUACGCCAUUCAGAGAAUUGGGUUUCCCCGGUGCGCCGUUCCGCAGUACAGUCCUCCUGCAGCCCACAUCAGGCGCGCUCGUCAACUUGACGGAGUGGCCGCCUUUUGUAAUAGCCUUAGAAGACGUAGAGUUAGUCCACUUCGAGCGAGUGCAGUUCCAUCUCAAGAACUUCGACAUGGUGUUCGUGUUUAAAGAUUACGCUAAGAAGGUCGCCAUGGUCAACGCUGUGCCUAUGAAUAUGCUGGAUCAUGUGAAGGAGUGGCUCAAUUCAUGCGACAUUCGUUAUUCAGAAGGUAUACAGUCUUUGAACUGGACAAAGGUCAUGAAAACCAUCACAGACGAUAUCGAAGGUUUCUUCGAUAACGGAGGCUGGUCAUUCUUGGAUCCUGAGUCUGAUGAAGAGAAUGCUGCUAAUGACGAGUCGUCUGAAGAAGAAGACGACGCGUAUGAGCCUACCGACGCAGAGACCGAAGAGGACUCAGACGACGGCUCCGAGUACGACUCCGAGGCGUCCGACGAGUCCGACGCGUCUGGGGACAGUGAAGAGGAAGAUGAAGAAUCCGGUAAAGACUGGUCAGAUCUUGAACGAGAAGCCGCCGAGGAAGACAAGAAGGAGCGUAUCUACGACAGAGGGGGAGAGGACUUCGAUCGUAAGCGCAAGGGCGGUCGCGGCGGCGGCCGCUACGACGAGGACGACGGCAAGAAGAGCAAACACGACAAGGGAUCCAGCAACCACAAGAGCUCCUCACACCAUAAAAGUUCCAGCUCAAAUCAUAAAAGUUCAAACCAUAAAAGUCCGUCGAAACAUAGCAACAGCAGUCCAUCGAAGAACCGUGACAAGCACCACAAGUCGUCUCACCACGAGCGCGACCGCAACAAAAGCGACAGCAAGUCCCACAACAAGUCUAACGAUAAGAAGCACUCCAACGACCACAAGUCCCACAAGAGAUCACGUGACGACAGCCGAGACCAUGACCGCCAUCCUAAGAAAGCUAAGAAAUAAAUGUAAGGAGGUAAUGACUUCGUUCGUAAGGAGCAAACACGGGUUUCAGUUGCCGCUCACGGCUCGUCACACUCUUGCUGUUAAUUAACUGUGUUGUUACAUUCAAUGUCCGUCUGUGCGUUGUUCAAAAUCAGGUCAGAAUGUUUGUAUGUAAGUAGAUUUAUUUCCAAUUCCAAUGAAAACUGUAAUUUAAAUUAUACCAUGAAGAAAUAAAUGUAAGAUUUAUUA